AUGGAGUCUUCUCCUAUUCCAAGGUCGACGCCGGAUCUGGUCAUGCCGCCUGAUAACAUCGAAGGGUCAGGCGGUAGACCUGCUAGCCCAGGCACAGGAGCUGGUCCAGGGGAUGAAGCUCAAGACGGCACUCCUGUAGCUGGACCGUCAACUCCUCCGCCGGCUGCGCCAGUACCCAAGCGACCAGCCAGGAGAGCUCCGAGGCCUAAAGCCGAGCAUUCUACAGCUUAUACAACUGCCUGGGUUCCUGGAUUGUUCAAUAUCAAGAAUCCUGCUGGAGACUAUCUUCAACGCGAGUCCAACGUCGACGUCUUUAGACAAGUGAGCGUGGCUAGGGCCAGAAGGGAGAAGGAGGAACUUGAGACAGAACGCCAGAAGGUGGCAGAAGGAGAGUCAGCAGAGCAACAGGAAGAGGACAAGCCAGAGGAGACAAAUCCUCUGACCAAUAUCCUUGUCAUUCAUCCUGGCUCUCGAAAUCUGAGGAUAGGCCGAGCCUCCGACUUUUAUCCACACGAAAUACCGAAUUGCAUCGCUAGGCCUAGUUCCGCGGUGAAUAGAGGGCGAGAUCCUCCUGUACUGGGCAGCAGAGCAAAACGCAUAGCUCAGGAGCAUCUAGAGAAGAGGGAUCCGAAAAAGAAGAAAGAAGUGAAUGGAGCUGCAAACGGCGGGGACGAUGCAGAGGGUAAUUGGGUCGAUCCGGUCGAUCAAGGUAUUGGUUAUGCCAGAGACUAUCUUAGAGAAAAGCUUCGAGCCAAUCGACUGCAAACCGAUUGGCGAGAAGGCUCCCGAGUCAAAGCUGCCAACAACAGGGUAAAACCGGAACCAAUACCGGAGCACAACGAUCCGUAUAGGAUAGAAUGGACAGAGACGGAGAGCAAGAAUUACUUUAUAGGAGAAGAGGCUCUUCGAUUACCACCAGACUCUGGAUUCAAAGUUCGGUAUCCGAUCCUUCGACGAGGUCUGAACAGGCGGGAUUGGACAAAUCAUCAGUUGCUCCUCGAUGACAUAGGGACGAUCAUCGAGGAUGCACUUCGUAAAGAGAUGAAUAUCACUCCAAAGGAUUAUCAUAAAUUCUCCGUUGUCUUCAUCGUUCCAGAUCAUGGUGAUCGUUUCUAUGUACAGGAAAUGACAGCGCUUUUCCUCGGCGUCAUGGGCUUCAAAGAGAUUGCCGUGCAUCAGGAAGCGUACGCCGCCAUCUUUGCGGCCGGAAUGUCUACAGCCUGUGUUGUCGAUAUUGGCGCAGAGGUCACUUCGGUUACAUGCGUCGAUGAGGGUAAUUUGAUUUCGGAUACGAGGGUCAACCUCGCUUAUGGAGGUGACGACAUUACAUCUGCCCUUGUCAACCUCUUGCAGAGGUCAUCGUUCCCAUACCGAGACCUCGAUCUGGGACGACCACAAGAAUGGCGAAUGAUGGAUAACCUGAAAAUGAAGAUCUGCACGUUGGAGGAGCAUCUCGUCGCCAAUACACCUUGGGACUUCUACGUCCUGAAACCGCAGGGAAUGACGGAUAAGUACGUGUUCAGGACCUACGACGAAAACAUUUUGGCGCCUUUGUGCUUCUUCGACACUCGUAUGAUCGAUUUCGAAGAAAAAGAAGACAACGGUUUACUCCAGCCAUGGAUCAGACCCGCCUUGGUCGACGACGAGCUACUCUCAUCCUAUGGCGAACCUACCGGAGCGAUGAGAUCCUGUACCAAUCACUUGAGACCGGCCCCACCGACGGUCGCAGAGGUAUUGGCCGUCGCCAACGGGAGCCCAGAGAGAUCCGACGUGACACCCGCCAAUGGAUCUCCUGUGAAACCAAGCGGAUCUCAAGAUGCUGACCCCGUUGUCAAAGGAUCCGACACACCGAGCGUCCAGGUGGAGACGAAUGGUAUUGCAACAGCAACACAGGAGGGGACAGAAUCUGAGGUACUUCAGCAAGAGUCUGAGGAGCCUUUGAUCGAAUACAACAUCGUCGAGGAGGCUUCAAAGGUGCCACUUGAUGCUGCUCUUGCCGCGUCGAUCGCCCUGGCGGGUGCAACGGAGAAUAAGAUCAAGGCGGCUGCCGCCUCCAUACUCUUGAUAGGCGGCUCGUCAGCUCUAAAAGGUCUUGGAGCAUUCAUUGCUGAUCGUUUGCCAUCGCUGUUGCGAGCUCGACAUCUCCCGAUUCAAGACGUGUCGAUCGUGCCUCCGCCAAGAGGCUUGAACCCACGCUUUGUCUCCUGGAAGGGUGCCUGUGUCAUGUGUAACCUUGAGUCAUUGAGCGAUAUGUGGGUCCGGAGAGACGAGUGGGAGGCAAUUCAAGCUAGAGCUCUCAAGGAUAGAUACUUGUUCUUGUAG